AACUUACAACACUAUCCGAAUCCAACCCCAUUGUCGUAGCUGGGCGACACCGAAACGGCAAGGCUCAAUUGCCAGACGGUCUCUGUAUGUUGUGUGUGGCCUGUAUCGAUACCGGUUCCCUACCCCGGUCGUCUGGUCGGCUUCGCCAAUGAGCAAGCUCGGACAAGCUGUAUGAACCCAGGAAUUGCUGAAUUACCUGCUGCACCGCGCCCCGACUUGUUCUGCCCCUCUAAAUAAAACACACACACCGUGGGCCGACACCUGCUGCUACUAUACGAGCAUCUAGAUCUCGCUUUCCUCCCUCCUCCUCUCGAGUAUUCUGACUCGUCAUUCGCCUACUCGCGGCUUCGUAGAUAUGCUUCAGAUACCGACCCGAGACAAAGCCAACGGCCCUGGCCGCGGCACCAAAGCCGUCAUCCUGGUUGGCGGCCCUUCGAGGGGAACCCGGUUCCGCCCUCUGUCGCUUGACGUCCCUAAGCCCCUCUUCGACGUUGCCGGCCAUCCUAUCGUCUGGCACUGUCUGACCGCCAUUGCGAAAGUGCCCUCCAUCCAGGAGGUUUGCAUGAUUGGCUACUACGACGAGUCCGUCUUCAAGGACUUCAUCAAGGAGGCCGCUUCCGAAUUCCCGAACCUCCCCAUCAAGUACCUUCGAGAAUACCAGGCCCUCGGUACCGCGGGCGGCCUGUACCAUUUCCGAGAUGCCAUCCUCAAGGGACGGCCCGAACGCAUCUUCGUCCUCAACUCGGACGUGUGCUGUUCGUUCCCUCUCAACGAGAUGGCGAAAUUGUUCGACGAUAAGGACGCCGAGGCAGUUAUUUUGGGCACGCGGGUGACCGAGGACGCUGCGAACAACUUCGGUUGCAUCGUGUCCGAUCAGCACUCGCGCCGCGUUCUACACUACGUCGAGAAGCCCGAGAGUUACAUAUCGAACCUCAUCAACUGCGGCGUAUAUCUCUUCAGCGUCGAUGCCAUCUUCCCCAGCAUUAGGACUGCCAUUAAGCGUAGGACCGACCGACCCCGCCUCAUGUCGUACCCCUCUUCCGACAACCUAGAGUCCAGUUUCAUAGCCGAUGACGACGAGGAGAGCAAGAACGAGGUUAUACGCCUAGAGCAGGAUAUAUUGAGUGACCUUGCCGAUAGCAAGCAAUUUUUCGUCUACGAAACCAAGGACUUCUGGCGCCAGAUCAAAACUGCCGGCUCUGCCGUUCCCGCCAACGCGCUCUACCUGCAGAAGGCACUCCAGACCGAUUCUAACGAACUUGCGAAGCCCUCUCCUAACAUUCUACCGCCGGUAUUCAUUCACCCAUCCGCGCACGUUGACCCUACUGCCAAGCUUGGCCCUAAUGUCUCCAUCGGUCCUCGAGUGGCCAUUGGCCCGGGAGUAAGGGUGAAGGAAUCCAUCGUCUUGGAAGACGCUGAGAUUAAGCACGAUGCUUGUGUGCUGUACUCCAUCGUCGGCUGGAAUAGCCGGGUGGGGUCUUGGGCACGAGUUGAAGGCACGCCGAUCCCUGCCACGAGCCAUUCCACCAGCAUCGUGAAGCACGGCGUGAAAGUUCAGAGCAUCACCAUCCUAGGCAAGGAGUGUGCGGUGGGCGACGAAGUGCGCGUGCAAAACUGCGUCUGCUUGCCUUUUAAGGAGCUCAAGAGAGAUGUCGCCAAUGAGGUUAUCAUGUGAGACGCCGAUGGUUGGACUCGCCCUCUCCCGGGGGGUUGGUUUCCUGUCCGGAGGGUUAGUCUCCCGUCCGGAAGCCCAGGCUGUCGUAUAUUCAGUGUAAUGGACACUCUAAAAACAACCAAUAAUACCUACAGGACUUCUCUCAGGCUAGACAAACAACAAUAAAAUAAUUACAACCGUGCUGAUCCAAGCUUUCAU